AUGCCUGGAAGUUAUUAUUUCGUGAUUGUCGGCCAUCGUGAUAACCCCGUCUUCGAAGCUGAUAUAACAUCACCAAAGACUGCUGGUACAAAAAAGGAUGAACAUGGCCAUUUGAACCAGUUUAUCGCUCAUGCCGCUUUAGAUUUGGUGGACGAACACAUGUGGCGAAGCAAUAACAUGUAUCUUAAAACUGUUGAUAAAUUUAACGAUUGGUAUGUUUCUGCGUUUGUAACAGCAAGUGGGAUGAGAUUUCUUCUUUUACACGAACUAAGAAAUGAAGAAGGCAUCAAGAACUUUUUUACAGACGUUUACGAAGUUUUUAUCAAACAUAUUAUGAAUCCAUUUUAUGAGAAAAACUCUAAAAUUACUUCCCAGCCUUUUUCAAGAAGGGUACAAUUUUUUGGACAGCGACAUCUCUUGUAG